UUUGCAGAUAAGGUUGUUGGCCUCAAAGUACGAUUCUUACUUCAACAUGAAAGAGCUUCUGUGGUUAGGACUAUUUACUUUUGUGCAUUUCACAGAAGGUUCAAAUUUACAGGAAAGAGCAACAUCCCGUCACGAGGUUGAACUUCUUAUUGUAGCUGAUUAUAGUGCAUAUAAAAACUGGUAUGAUAAAACGCCAACAACUGACACAUCACAGACCAGACAAAGUGCGGCAAAGAAUAACCUGAAAGCUUAUAUCGGGAGUCUUAUAAAAUCGAGUAAUAUUGUUUAUAAAAGCUUAGAGUCAAGCAAUAUAUUUGUACAGAUUAAACUCGUGGAUGUUGUCGUUAUGACAAGAGCAUCGGAUUCGCCCUGGACAGAAACAGUAAAGGUCCGAGCUUCACCGAAGUACCGGGUAGAUCCUAACAAAGUAUUACCUCUUUUCAAACCCAAAUCUGUAGAGCUGCAAUCAACAAUUCCCCAUGAUCAUGCUAUGGUCUUUACAAUGUAUGCCCUAGAUCAUGGAGACAAUCACACAUUUUCAGGUAUUACAAUUGUUUUAGUAUACACACCUACACAUCUGCACAUUAUGCUGAAUAGCAUAUAUUAUACAAUUUUGGGCUGUGAUCAUGAUGGUGAUGGCAACUCCUGUAAUAGUAAAGACGGAUAUGCCAUGGCAACAAACUUUAUCCUGGCAAAUGUAAAGAAAUGGACAUUUUCGUCUUGUUCUGUAAAUUACAUCCAAACAUAUAUAUCUAGCUUGGACAAACAGCAUAGGGACUGUUUGUUAUCAUCACAGAACAGACAUCCGGACCCGUAUGUGCUUAAUACUACAAGUCUAUGGUAUGGACAGAGAUAUUCCGCAGACGAGCAAUGCCGGGUGCAUUAUGGGGAAGAUUCCUAUCUUUGCCGAGAUAGGUACUACAAAGAUUACACAACUAUUUGCCUAAAACUGAAAUGUUACGAUGCUAAGCGAGAUAGCUGUUAUUACAUAGAUGGUGGUGAUGGAACGCCCUGUGGAAACAAAAAGUGGUGUAUUUCUGAUGUUUGUGUACAUGAUGACCAUGCACCCUCGGUUUCAGAUUCUUGUCCUGUCGGCGAUCAGACAGGUGUUGUUAAAAAUGGUAUGACGUGCAAACAAUUGGUUAGUUCCGAUCCAAACGAAUGUUAUGCGCAUGGCAUUAAGUACAAAUGUUGCAGCUUAUGCGCAGGCAGCGAUCAGCAUGGCAACACUAUAAGCAUAGACCAACAAUGUGUUAAAAGACAUGGACAAGGCUCGUAUCUUUGCAGGGGAACACAUCGGUACUCAGCAGCAAAUUAUUCCUCGAUGGUGUGUUCGGACCUUAUGUGUAACGAUCCCACCAGGAGUAAUUGGUGUUUGUCAUCGUCUGCUGAUGAUAGAACCACGUGUGGCGAUAAAAAGUGGUGCAUCAACAAAGUGUGUGUACAUGACAUUGCAGCUCCUACUAUGCAAGAUUCCUGUCCAUUUGGGGACCAGUCGACUGGUAUCGCAGCUCAUGGUCUCACUUGUGCUCAGAUAAAACAUCCAGAGCAUCACUGGCGUUGCUAUGACGACCAUACAAGAAAAAAGUGUUGUGAAACCUGUCAAUCUAUUUUACGAAAUGACAAAGGAUGUGAAUAUGGAGACAAGAGUGAUUGGUGCCAAACAAACAUAGCCUCACAAAACGAUAAACAGAUGUGUUACUGGGGACAUAAUGCAGAUUUAUGUUGCGGUUCGUGUUCUAAAUAUGGGAAUAUGGCACAUCAUGGUUGUGAAUAUGGUGAUAAACAAAGUGGAUGUGUCUCAUCAAGAUGUUCCCAUUAUAGUUCCAGCCACAGAGGAAAGUGUUGUGAAACAUGCUUGAGUGCUCCUGUUAUAGGAUGAAAAUUC